AUGGAAGAAGAUUACGAUAGUACUAUAUUCAACCCAUUGCCAAAUGAUGUUCGUAAAGCAUUUGACGAAUUCAUCCAUGGAUCUGAAUUUAAUAACCGAGAACGCAUUGAAUACUCGAAAUGGGUUCGCUUACACGUACAUCUUGACAAAUCUAAUCUAGUUCCAGAACCCGGUAAGGAUUCACGAUUACGGUAUCGUGCAUAUGAGGAUUUUGAGUUUAUUAGCAAGAGGCUUUAUCGCCAACCUGAUCAACGAUUUCCAAAUCCAAGAUAUGUUGUUCCAGAGAGCGAAGUCUUUGAUAUCAUUGUGAAAGAACACCUCCGGCUUCUUCAUACUGGCCAAGAUAAGACUUGGGAUGCAAUCAAGCUUCAAUACUACGGUAUUAAGCGUGAAGACGUUAUCUUCGUGGUUAAGCGAUGCAAGAACUGUGCAUUGAACAGACUAUCCGCAAUUAAAGCUCUAUUAGUGCCAAUUACAUCUGAGAGAGCUUGGGAACGAAUACAGGCUGAUUUAAUCGAUAUGCGGCACGAACCAUCAGGCCAAUUCAAAUGGAUCUUACAUAUCAAGGAUCACUUUACGAAAUAUUCGCAAUUAUACGCACUUACAAGCAAACAAGCCGAGUCUAUUGCUAAAGCCUUCCUUCAAUUCAUCGGUGCGUUCUUACCACCAAAGAUCGUACAGGUUGAUAACGGUAGAGAGUUCCAAGAAGCUUUCUUAAUUCUACUUCGAAAGUAUAGUAUCCAGAUUAUCAAUGGAUCCCCAAGAUCGCCCCAAACCCAAGGUUUAGUUGAACAGGCGAAUAGAGUUGUAUCAAGUAAGAUAACUGCAUGGAAAUCAGAUCAUCAAUCAACUCAAUGGGAAGAAAGCCUUACUGAGAUCAUGCUAGCGAUGAAUAAACAGAUACACUCAUCAAUUAAGCACGCACUAGCCGAACUACUCUUUCGAGAUCGCUCAUCUUACAAGGACUGGCUGAAUAAUCAAAUGAGAAGGGAUCCAUCAAUUGCAAUUAAACAAGAAGAUCUGAAUUACCUACCAAUAUACGACUCAACGCCAGAAAGCCCACAUAGAAGCUAUACGCCCGAGUCAAACAGCCGAAUAGACCGGGCGCAGGUCUCCCAUAAUACCGAGAUCACUAUACACAUCUCAUCAAGCUCAUCAAGCUCUGAUGUUGAUAUACGAGUAACACCACCUUUACUAGCAGCAAUUCCGGCAGUAGCAGAAGCUGAUCCUGUUAUUGAAGUUGAUCCUAUCCUUAACACCGAUGCGGAAGUAUACGAAGCAUCACACUAUUCAACACUUCGAAAUCGGCGAUAUCAUCUCUAUCAAGAUCCCAAGAGAAGAUCGAACCUCUACAGAUAA